AGUGUCAAUUCAUUGAUGUUUGUGAAAUCAUAGUGGGCGGUCGUUUACACGGAAAAAGCCAUGUGUGUUUAAUGGAAUCCGUGCAAUCGAACUGGGUUGCUGAUUUGGAGAUCGCUUUUCAUAAUAUUAAAGGUAUACAUCACUAGGUAAACGACGGAAUAAUUAAUGAGGCGAUAAAACAAAAUAAAUAUCAAACAAGAUGUCGAAAAGGAACUCUUUCGUCUUAGUACCACAGACGGACAAGAAAACACAGAAAAUAAUAAAAUUAGUCCCACCUGACGGAGGAUGGGGAUGGAUGGUCUUAUUAGGAACGGCUCUUUCAAAUAUUUUUAAUCAGUCGAUGUUAUCAUUGUUUAGUUUGUUAUAUGGAGAUGCAUUGGAAGCAAUGGGACAUAACACGCAGGGCGCAGCUAUAGUUUUAAGCACAAUGUUAUUUGUCUCAAAUUUCGGUGGACCAAUAGCUGGGGCUGUAGUAAAAUUAACGAAUCCUAGAUUUGUGUCAGUAUCAGGUGCAGUUUUAUGUACAGCUGGCAUUCUUUUAAGUGGAUUCUCUACGAAUAUUUGGCAUUUGAUAUUAACCUAUGGAUUUUUAUUAGGUCUCGGCCUGGGCUUUAUACAGAACGCUUCAUUUGUGUCAAUAAACAGCUACUUCAAAGUCAGGAAGAGUUUAGCUGUUGGUCUUGCCAUGGCAGGCACAGGUGUGGGACAGACUCUUAUGCCUCAUGUUGUGAGAUAUUUUUUGGAAAAUUUUGGAUUUAGAGGAGCUUGUUUACUAUUAGCGGCUUUGAGUUUACACGGGAUAUGCGGAACACUCUUGAUUCAACCUGUUGAAUGGCAUAUGAAGAAAGUAGAAAUAGAAGUUGAAAUUGAUGAAAAGAUGUAUCUGCUAGAAGAGAAUGAUAAAGAAGCCAUGAAGAACAAAGAUUACAAUGCUAAUGGUAAUGCUAAAUUCAAAGGCACAAGACGCGCUACAGAACCUAUACUUAUUUCGGAAAUUGGAGCUGAAAAGCCAAAUAAAAUAUUAUCACAAAGUAACAAAGAGUUACAAGUGAACGGAAACAGUAAAUCUGUUGAAAUAUUAAACGGAAAUUGCAUAGUACUAAAACCAAAGAAGACAUUGAUGAGAAAAAUAUAUGACUUAUUCGACAUAUCUCUUCUAUCAAGUCCUCGUUUCUUGAACGUGAUCAUUGGAACUGCAAUUACAGUAGUAUCCAUUCAAAACUUCAGCAUGUUGUAUCCGUUGUUCCUUCAGAAAAAAGUAUUUAUGGAUAAACAGCAGACGGCAAGUUGUAUGUCAGCUGUUGCUUUGGCUGAUAUUAUUGGCAGACUUACCUUGCCCAUGUUACAAGAUAAAUACCGUAUUAAAGCCAGAAUGAUGCUUAUUAUGACCAGCAUAUGGUUAAUCGUAGUGAGACAAAUUUUGGCGUAUCAAUCCGACUUAUAUGUGCUUCUGAUCAUGUCCGCACUUUAUGGAUUUGGAAGAAGUAUGGUAAUUGUUGCCAGAAACAUCGCUAUUUCCGAACAGUGUACAAUGGCUCAAGUACCAUCAGCCGUUGGUUUGGGCAUGUUGAGCAUAGGUAUUAUUGUACCUCCAGCUGGAUUAUUCCUCGGAUGGAUCAGAGAUUAUACAGAUAGUUACAUUAUCUGUAUAACGGCACAGAAUUUAUUUUUGGUAGUAUUUUUGGCAAUGUGGAUCCCGGAUAUGAUAUUUUUGUACUGCAAAGAGAAAAGGGAGAAAAGAAAAAACAUUGAACAAGCGAUGUCAUAAAGCUUAGAGUAAACUUUUUCUUUGAAGUCCAAGCAGAAAUGGAAUGGUUGCCUAUUUAUUGAACUCACCAAUAUACAAUGUACACGUACUACAUGUACUGGGUAUAGACCCGCACAGAUUAACCUGUGAUAUGCAUAGUAAUGAUUUGUAUUAUAAGUUAAGGUCUAGGCUUAUUGGCUGUGAGAUUUUAAAUGUAAAUAUUUAUAAAGUUACGCAUUUGGUUAGAAUUUGCUUAUCACGCCAGUUUAGCAUUUAGAAGACAAACGUCAAGACUGGAGAAACAGUGUUAAA